UCGUUGUAGUGACGGUUCCGGCAGGCGCGUGAGGCGCAAGGCCUCCACUUCAAGGCCCGACGCCCCGUCGAGCUGCGCUUGUGAGGGGCAAGAUGUCGGACAUCGGGGACUGGAUCGGGGGCAUCCCGCUCAUCACGCGCUACUGGUUCUUCCUCACCGUCGGCUUCACCAUCCUCGGCAAGAUCGGCUUGGUCAACCCCUAUUAUCUCGUCCUCUUGUCCGAUCCCUUCUUCAAACAGUUCCAGUUCUGGAGGCCAAUAAGCGCAAUGUUGUUUUAUCCUGUCAAUCCAAUGACUGGGUUUCAUUAUCUGGUGAAUUUAUAUUUUUUGUAUCAGUAUUCAUCACGGCUGGAAACAGGGUUGUUCGAUGGACGGCCAGCCGACUACCUGUUCUUGCUUCUUUUUAACUGGAUCUGCAUAGCUAUUGCUUCGUUGACCGUAGGCCUUAGGGUUCUGAUGGUUGCCGGGGUCAUGUCCGUGAUUUACAUUUGGGCCCAGGUGAACAAAGACGUCACUGUAUCAUUUUUGUUCGGGACACAGUUUAAGGCGUUUUAUUUACCGUGGGUUAUCCUGUUAUUCAACUUGAUCGUCUCAGGCGCUUUCAUCGAAGAGCUGAUAGGCAAUCUGGUUGGCCAUCUGUACUUUUUCUUAAUGUACAAAUAUCCAUUAGACUUGGGAGGAAGAAGUUUCUUGUCAACGCCUCAGAUUCUGUACCGCUGGCUUCCCAAUAGGAGAGGAGGAGUAUCAGGAUUUGGCGUUCCACCCACCAGCUGGCGCAGACCAGCGGAGGAACACCCGGGUGGUGGAAGGCACAACUGGGGACGGGGCUUUCGACUUGGUGAUCAGUGAAGAAAAAAACCUCUUCUCUGCUGCUUUGGUUCCCCCCUCUUUGAUGAACAUCUUCAACCACACACGGGAAGGACUAGUACUGCAGAUCGUCCAUAAGGGCCUGGUGUGCUCUAGUGCUGUGGAGUCUGACCUAUAAAGGAUUUUGUUGUUGUUGUUUCUGGUGGGAAAUGACAUAAUUAAACAGACAAGGUAGAUUUGAUUCAGCUCAGUGCUGCCAUUAAAAACAACCCCCCUAAACAUUUUAAUAUUUCCUAGCACAGUGUCCUUUCUCUUACCUGUCUUUUGAGGCAGUAGUUGUCUUUCAGGCCUCUUUUCUGGUCAGGCAAGAGGUCAACAGAGUCCUGUCAGAAUCCACCAUUUGGCCCCAAACUCUUUUGGUUUAACCGAUCAAAGAUAUUCACUCGAGUUCUCAAAGAAAUCUUUUUCCAGGUUGUUGUUAGCCUUUAUUUGCCAGGAAUAGGUCAGUAAAAGCUUCUUCUGUGAGGUAUCUAAUGCUAAUUCACCAGUCUUUGCUUUGUUUUUGGUUGGGAAGCUUUGCCAACUUGAUCCGCUGAAGCAACGGGUGAGGCAAACAGUGGGAGGCUCAUUUUCCUUUUGAAAGUGGCCACCUCUAAGUGCUUCUGCCACAAUACUUGCUGUAUGCUUAACUGGAGUCAGUCCCAUUAAACCGGUUGAGACCUCUGCGUAAAUAAUAACGUAUAGAAUUGGACCAGUGAUCCCAGUGACAGUGUACCCAUCAGUGUGCUUCCUGGUGGCUGCUUGCUUGCUUCUUUGGGAUAAAAAAAUGUAUCUUGAAUGGAAAAAAGGGGGAUUUUGGGGCUCCCUCUCAGCUGACUGAUUAGCUGAGUGGUUCACAGCCAGGCGCCCUUGGCUUGGUCAUAGAUACGUCUCUGGGCUUGUCAGUCUUUCCCUGUGGCUACACUGGGAGCAGACUCUGCUUUGGGGGAAGUGAUACUGUUUGGUAUCAGUUUCUAAGGAAAGAGCGAAGAGGUGAUCUUGGCUUUUCUGCCGCCUCUUUAGGGCAAGAGGUGCUUCCAAAGUGUCCAGGAGAAAGGGAUGCCCCUACAUGAUGUAAAUGUAGGGAAGGCCUAUUCAGACAUUUUGCUUGGAAUCUCCCACCCACUAAGUGAUUAGUCUUGUCCCCGUGACAGAUGCUGUUUGGUGUCCUCCACCUUUUUUCGAAAUUCCAAAAGGGAAUGGUUGCAGCCUCCUUUAUUGGUCAAAACAGCUCCAACACUAUGGUAACCGUUUUGCCUGUAAAAAUCAAAUAGGAGACAGAAUUAUCAUUUUCAGGAUUUAUGAAUAGUCAAAACAGAUUGUAAGUAGCUCGUAGUACAGCUUUCACUUAAAAAUCAAGGAACUGUUAAUGAAACCAGGUUAUAGGGCUUGAGACAGAUGCGUCUCCCCACCCAAUAAUUGACAUUCUGAAAUUUUCGACACCACAGAAUUUGAAAUGGUAACCUUUAAUGCAAGUUUUAUUUAAUUUCGUUAGAAGAUAUGGGUAUUGUAUCACUAGUAUAUGUGGAGCUUUUGAUCAUUUUACAAUAUGGGGCAGUGAUGGAGAUCUUCAGGAAGUACACUGUAAGGAUUCAUUUCUCUUGCUUUGGGUCUCUUCUGUCCUUCAAAAAAAAUGUAACUGAUGGAACCAUUAAUCAGUGUCACCUGUCAAACCGAAGAAGCAUUACAGCAGUUCUGGUCAGUCUUGGUCUCUCUCUCAUCUCCAUCCCCCCAUGAAACCACGGUAUGUGUCUAUUUUUCCACCUGUGAAAUGGGCUUAUAUCUGGCUGAGCUAAUAGGCAUUUUCACUCCAUAGCACUGCAGAAAUGGAAAAUGCUAUACUUAAAAAAUAUGAACUCUUGGCUUAACUACUACUGAGAUUUUACAAGCUCUUCAAAACUUUUUGAGUUAGAGCCAGCCAGUUUUUCAACUGCUGAAAAGAAAUAGAGAAUCCCCUUUGACCAUGGAAAAUGGUAUGGAAAAUGGUCAUGGGAACUGCAUGGACCGCAGCCAUAUGUGACAGGGGCUGUGGGUAAGAGGAGGGUAGGUAGGAUUGGGGCAGGAUAGUGUUAAAAAGCAGGCUAGAUCCGACACUAUAUUAGCUGCUUGACCUGGGAAGCCGUGACGCACUCGAUGCGUUCCUGCUCGCCUAAGACUAGAUCUGACAACAUAUGUUUGUGUUAAUUCCAACUCCAUUGUGAUGGUUUCUGUUUAUUGAGGGAAUAUGGAAGUCUUGUCAUGCUGUCUUUGCAGAAAGAUACGGAUUAAGAAAUCAUUUAGCACUUUACUGCUCCUGGUAACAGACCUUUCAGUGGCUCUUGCCUUGGUUUUUAUUUAUCUUUUUAAGAAGAUGGCAAGAGUCCCCAAGGCUCAGAUUGUACUAUACCUCUUGCUGCCAGUUCUGGUUUGUAGAAUUUGGGAAGCCCUGUUCCAACUGUAGAUAGUUGCUGAAUAAUGUCACUGAUGACCUAGUAUCUGAAGAAGGGGAGAGAACUAUGCACGUAUCUCGUGCUUUGCCUGCUUUUGUUUCUUCUUGGCAGCUCCCAAAGAGACAAGCCGCUUUUUAAAUUGAACUGCAGCUUUAGCUCUUUUGCACCCAAACCAGAAAGCAAAGGUCUGGCUGUGCAUGGGUAUAUUUCUCCCCUCAUCCUUGGAAUCCAAUUCAGCAAGCGUAUACUGUGAAUGUUAAAUUAUCCAAAUCUCAACACUUGUAAUGUCUUGAGUUCUGCUUACUGUGCAUUAUCUUAUCCCUGGAUCGGGAGGGAUCGUCAGCCGUUCUGUACAAAGUAGAAUUUCUCACCAGGAGCUUCCCUAUGAAGUUCAAAAUGCUGGUUUAUAGAUUCACGAAAGGUAUGUGGCAUAACCUUCCUCGUAUCGUAGCAUUACGGAACGUAAGCAAGGGAUUGCAGGUCUGAAUUACACCCCCAUGUAGAAAACAAGCAGCUUUGGGAGGAGGCAAGGCCAGAACCAUUCUUUCUACCGCACUAACUUUCCACAGGCAGAGAAUUUUUGUAAUGGGGGAGGAGAUGAUUAACACCCUCCCCAGCAUUCUGGAAAAGAUAUUCUUGUAUUUCCCCCCAAAUGUAUAGCUUGCCUGUAAUGUAAGGGAUCUGUGGUGUAUCUUCAACCUUUCUAGUCCCUGCAGUGGAUUUGGUCAGCUGCUUCAAGAGACAUAGUGAUGAUGCUGGUCUUUAUGAUGGGCAAGAACCAUUGGCUUAGAUCUUACACUGUUCUUUUACCUGUGCAGCGCUGUCCUCCUUUGCAGAGUAUGGUGCUGGAUCAUUUCUGCUCAAUGGAUGCAAAAUCCUGGAGCUGCCUGUUCAGAAAGUGCAUAGCGGGGUUGGGGAGGAGGCGAUGUAUUGUGUAAUGGAGCAAGCGCUGCAAAAAUGGAGGAAAGAUACAGGAUCCAAGCCACUGCAUGGCCAACCUGGCCAAAUAAACCCGCACAAGGAGUGACUUGGUUGAAACGCUGGAGUGGUCAAAGGGAACAGUGGCAUCUCCUUGUCCCUAAGGUACUUCUGACCCCUCUAUUUGUGGUGCAGGAGUUUGCAGUGUCGGUGUUGAAAUAAUACUCUUAAAGUCAAACGUUUGGGAAGAGCAUGGGACACAAUCCUCAUGGGACUGUACCCUUAAAGCAAUUCCCCCCUGAGCAUGUUGAGCAGGUUUUGUUGUGUUCAGGACUGUUCCUUGUGCCUUUCUCAAAGCUGGACGUGGCUCUUUGGAGGUGUGUGUCCCCCAUCUCUUUGCUUAUGGAAAGCGCAUGUGUUGACAAGAGAGCUUCAAGCCUUCUCGCCAAUAGACAAGCUUUCAGAAUUCACUAUAACACUCGGCACUGCUUUUCACUGGUUUACCUGAAGCACUUUUUGGCUCUCUUCAAGCUGACACAAUGGCCGGUUGUGGUGGAAGAUCAGUACUGGAAGGUCAGUACUUCUGUUCUUUUGUACGGAGAACUUCUCUCUUUCACUCUCUUUUUUUUGUAACCAAAUGGGGGGGCUUUUUUGUUGGCAAAAUUUUUAAAUUAAAAGUUGUGAAACUCUA